UGACCCUUUUAAUUGCACUGUUAUGUGUGUAUUUCACUAAACACGCUUUCAUUUCUUAUGUUUAUGAAUUUUAAUAAAGUGUGUUCCUGUAGUGAUACAAUUUGUUUUUCUUAAAUUAAUUGCAAAUCCCUUAUGCUAGGUACUGGGUUUGAUGAGGAGGCUGCAAUCUUGGGAGCUGGGAGAGAAUUUGCACUCAUGAAAACUGCCAAUGGAAAGAUCUACUAUACUGGCAAAUAUCAGAGCCUGGGAAUCAAACAGGGUGGUCCCUCUGCAGGGAAAUGGGUUGAACUGCCCAUUACCAAAUCUCCAAAAAUUGUUCAGUUUUCUGUUGGUCAUGAUGGUUCACAUUCUUUGCUAGUAGCGGAGGAUGGAAGUGUCUUCUUUACUGGCUCUGCAAGCAAGGGGGAAGAUGGUGAAUCAACCAAGAGCCGAAGGCAACCAAAGCCUUACAAACCCAAGAAAAUUAUUAAAAUGGAAGGCAAAAUUGCAGUUUACACUGCAUGUAACAAUGGAAGCAGCAGCAUUGUAACAAAGGAUGGAGAGCUUUACAUGUUCGGAAAAGAUGCUGUUUACAGUGAUAGCUCUUGCAAGGUUACAGAUCUGAAAGGACACUUUGUUACUCAUGUAGCAAUGGGAAAAGCUCAUACAUGCAUCCUCACCAAAGAUGGAGAGUUGUGGACAUUUGGUGUUAACAAUAAAGGACAGUGUGGUCGAGAUACAGGAUCUAUGAACCAGGCAGGAAAAGGUUAGUACCUUAUAUAAUGU